AUGAAGCGCAAACUGGAUGCCAACGACGUUCCCUCCCCUAAGGCUGCUGCCACAGAGGAGGAGCUUGAUUUCGAAGCUCUUGGUCUCGACCCAAGACUGCGCCAGGCCUUGAUUAAGGAAAAGUUCUCUAAGCCGACACUCGUACAGUCCAAGGCUAUCCCGCUGGCUCUUGAAGGAAAAGAUAUCUUGGCCCGUGCGAAGACUGGAUCUGGCAAAACCGCUGCCUACGUUCUUCCAGUACUUCAAGCGAUCCUCCAGCGCAAAUCUAAUGAUCUCUCCCUGAAGGCGACAUCCGGACUCAUCCUCGUUCCGACCCGCGAGCUUGCCGAGCAGGUCCAGAAAGUCGUUACAUCUUUUACCAGCUUCUGUGGAAAGGAUGUCCGAUCCGUCAACUUGACACAGAAAGUUUCCGAUGCUGUGCAGCGAUCACUUCUCGCCGACUUCCCUGAUCUCGUUAUCUCCACACCUACCCGUGUUCUUGCCAAUGUCAACAACUCGGCCCUGUCUCUCGAACAGCUUACACAUCUGGUGAUCGACGAAGCCGACUUGGUUCUUUCCUAUGGAUAUGAUGAGGAUAUCAAUGCGCUUUCCAAGGCGAUCCCUCGUGGUGUGCAGACUUUCCUUAUGAGUGCUACUCUUACCUCUGAGGUGGAUACUCUGAAGAGUCUGUUCUGCCGUAGCCCUGUCAUCCUUAAGCUGGAAGACAAGGAAGAGAAGGGUGCUGGUGUCAGCCAAUUUGUCGUUAAGUGUGCCGAGGACGAGAAGUUCCUCUUGACAUAUGUCAUCUUCAAGCUGCAACUAGUCAAGGGAAAGGUCAUUAUUUUCGUGCACGACGUCGACCGAUGCUACCGUGUCAAGCUUUUCCUCGAACAAUUCGGUAUUAAGAGCUGUGUACUCAACUCAGAGCUUCCCAUUAAUUCUCGUCUACACGUCGUGGAAGAGUUCAAUAAGGGCGUCUACGACAUUAUUAUCGCCGCAGACGAGCAGGAAAUUAUGGGAGUAUCCAAGCCAACCAAGAAGUCUAUUGAGCCCGUCGACGAGGACGCAAUGGAUCAGGAUAAGGAAGAAAUGGGCAGCAGCGAGGACGAAGAUCAAGAGGAGGAAUCAACUACCAAGAAGUCCCGACCCGGAAAGCGACGCAAGAUGACCGCCAAGGAAAAGGAUUACAGCAUUUCACGCGGUGUCGACUUCCAGAACGUCGCCUGUGUUCUAAACUUCGAUCUCCCUACCACCUCGAAAUCCUACACUCACCGCAUCGGCCGUACCGGCCGCGCCGGUAAAGCCGGCAUGGCCCUCUCCUUUAUUGUUCCCUCCGAUAUGUAUGGCAAACACAAGCCUACAUCGGUUAGCAGUGCUAAGCACGAUGAGACCGUUCUCGCUAAGAUCACUAAGCGCCAGGGCAAACUGGGCCACGAGGUCCGACCCUACCACUUCGAGAUGUCACAAGUUGAAGCCUUCCGCUACCGUAUGAGCGAUGCGUUGCGCGCUGUUACCCGUCUCGCUGUGCAAGAAGCGCGUGCGCGUGAGAUUCGUCAGGAGCUGAUCAAGAGUGAGAAGUUGAAGCGUCAUUUCGAGGAGAACCCAGAGGAGCUUCGUCAAUUGCGACACGAUGGUGAGCUUCGCGCUGCUCGUAUUCAGGCUCACUUGAAAAACGUUCCCGAGUACCUGAUGCCGGCUAAGGGACGUAAGGGUCUCUCGAAGGAAGAAAUUGGAUAUGUUGGUUUCAAGAAGACGAGUGAGAAUCGUAUUCGCAAGGCUAGAGAUCGCAAUCGUGCGAAGGGUAAGGGUGGAAGGAAGCCUUCCGGUGGGAAGGUUGAUCCUUUGAAGACUUUCAACCGGGGUAGAAAGUAA